GUGCUCUCCUGGGGGGACUUCAAAGUCGCCCAUCCGGAUGGAGAUGUGCUGGCGCGGCCGAACAUGCCCCGCAACUACGGAUACAACCCGUAUGUGGGUUACGACAGCACAUCCCGGCCCUUCCUCUUUUUGGGCACACCUGAUGCCCGUCUCAAGCCGGCCGAACGUGUUCUUGGACUGACGACAGAGACCGACGCCAUCGCCUAUCCGUUUGCAGCGUUGGAGGAGGCCAGGGUGGUCCACGACUCGUUCGGUGGGGCUGAGCUUGCUAUUUUCCACAAAGCCGGGCUGGCCAGCGCGUUGGACACCGCUGUCAUCAGCAGCGGCCGCGACAUCGGUACGGUAGCCGUCUUCGAACGCCAACUUGGGGAUCAACUCCUGACCUUCUCGGCCAACGAGGAUGGCACCUUCAGCGACGCCGAAACCGGCAGCACCUGGGACAUUCUGGGCAAAGCGACCGACGGCCCCCUGGCCGGCGAGAAUUUGACCCCUGUACUCCAUUUCGAUCACUUCUGGUUUGCGUGGGCGGCCUUCUUCCCGGAAACAGAGCUUUACAGCCCGAGCUAA